AAACUGUUGCGCAGACCCACCGCUGACAGUGCACACUGAGCUCACAUUAAAGGACUUUUCUCAACAUUGUCUGGAAGCAAAAUGAAAAGAAAUCAUAAUUACAGUUCGUCCGACAGCGAACUGGAUGACAAUAUUGAAGUGGAGAAAGACAGUGCUGACGAAAAUGGACACCUGGACUCUCCCCUCGACUCCAUGUCGCCUCCUACAACAACUCAAGUUCAAGCCAGAAAACGGCGCAGAGGAAUUAUUGAGAAAAGACGUCGUGAUCGAAUCAACAACAGUCUGUCCGAACUGAGAAGACUCGUUCCAAGUGCCUUUGAAAAGCAGGGUUCUGCUAAACUUGAAAAGGCAGAGGUUUUGCAGAUGACAGUAGAUCAUCUGAAGAUGCUGCAUGCAGCUGGUGGUAAAGGUUACUUUGAGGCUCAUGCUUUGGCCAAGGACUACCGCAGUCUAGGCUUCAGGGAGUGUCUGGCGGAGACGGCUCGUUACCUGAGCAUCAUUGAGGGGCGGGACAGCGCUGACCCUCUGCGUGUUCGCCUGGUAUCCCACCUCAACAACUACGCUUCUCAGAGAGAGGUUCACUCUGGGCUCACAGGACAUUUAGCCUGGGGCUCAGCUUUUGGGACACCCCCAACCCACCUGGCACACCCUCUACUCCUGCAUCACCCCCAAGGCCGGACAGCCACACCCCGGAGUGCCAGCAGCCCUCCCUCCUCCUCGUCAUCCUCCUCUUCCACUGAAGCAUCUGUGCCCCCCAGACUUAAUGUCAUGUCCCCCACAGAUCCCCUCAGGGUGCCCCCCAAUGGUACUUUGCCCCUGGGGCUGUCUGUGUCUGCCACCAAGCUCUCCCCACCCCUCCUCUCGUCCCUCACCUCCCUGUCUGCCUUCCCUCUCUCCUUCAGCGCCUUUCCUUUGGUCUCCGCAACAGCCCACAGCCCCGUGGGCCCCUCCCCCAGCCUCAGUAAGCCCUACAGACCGUGGGGGACAGAGAUAGGGGCCUUCUGAACUCCCUUCACAGGACUGAGAGCAACAGCUGAGCUGUGCUGCCCACCAUACAACAGGCAGAACUACCUGUCUUAUCCGGUCUUCUGGUAAUAAAGGAAAUCUGUAGGGAAAUAACAGAGACUUAUUUUAUUUUAUUUGGGGUGGGAAGGGGAUGAGGACUCAGAAUCAUUGUUUUCUGUGGACUUUCUAAAUCAUCCUACUUUCAACACUUCUGUAUGAAGGAAGGGAGACAGAUUUGUUUUCUGUUCUCUUUUAUGAUAAUGUGUAACAUAAAUUCUAAUGUUUUACCUCCAAGGUUGUUUUAUAUGUUAAACUAUCAUGAAUGGAUUGGCUGUCAAAGUGCACAGGAAGUGGCAGGUAUUGUUUAUUUGUUGGUAAGAGAAGUUUACUCUGUUCUACUGUGGUGCUGAAUAAAGACCUCUGCAUUGUAACAUAAUGUAGUGUUACUCAUUAACUAAAUGUGGUAUUGAUUUAGUUGUAUCAGAAGAACAUAUCAUUAUUAAACCGGCAUCAUCACUGUUUAAAACUACAUUUGACUAACUAUCACUUUGCAUUUGAAUAACCAUCAGCUGUCAU